AUGAGACCCGCCGCUGAUUUAUUUCACUCGACUCCGGUGGAAAAGUUAUCCGCCGCCGGCGCCUCCAGGGCGAAAUUCACGCCUCCGGCGGCCGCCCCGAUGUCUCCGUGGCACUCUCCGGUGCCGUACCUCUUCGGCGGCCUGGCGGCGAUGCUGGGGCUCAUAGCCUUCGCCCUGCUUAUACUCGCCUGCUCCUACUUGAAGCUCUCCGGCGACGGCAACGAGAGAGACGUCGAGCGCGGCGGAGAGAAAGGAGACGGCGGAUCCGACGACAAGGCGCCGCCGGUCUUCGAGGAGAAGUUUCUGGUCAUCAUGGCCGGAGACAUGAAACCCACUUUCCUGGCAACCCCUGUUUCUAACAGUAAGACUAAUUCUCGUCUUAAUGACGACAGCAAAGGAAUGGAAAAUGACAAAUUAGACAUUAUGGGAAAAGGUGAAGCGGUUCAGGAAAAUGAGGAUGGAGCCAAUGAGUCAUCACAAGCGAGCCCAGGACACAGCCAUUGA